AUGCAUAGUGUACAAUCUGCUCCGCCACGGAGCCCACAUUCUCCGGAAUCGCCUGCAACAACCCAGGUCCAGAGCUUCGCAAACACCUUCAUCCAGAGGUCGCGACCUUACCUCAGCGAUGAGCAAAUUGAGGCGCUGUUACCAAAGGACUCCCAACUCGAAGCAAAGGAUACAACUACUAGAUUGAGUGCGUGUGUUUGGAUCAUGCAGGUUGGGCAGAAUAUGCAGUUCCCAGUGAGGACUAUGGCUACGGCGAUGAUAUUGUAUCAUCGGUUCCGGUUAUUUAAUCGGAAUCCCUUUCUGGAACAUAAUUGGAUGGAUGUUGCGGCGACAUCAUUAUUUGUAGCCUGCAAAAUUGAAGAUACACUGAAGAAAUCAAGGGAGAUACUGGCAGCGAGUUAUAAUUUGAGACAUCCGCAGGCUGAACCGAUCAAUUCAGAUAAUCAGUUGCUUGAUGAUGGCACAAAACGUGUUAUUGGGAUCGAGAGAAUGAUACUUGAAUCUUCGUCGUUUGACUUCCGGUAUCGUCAUGCUCAGCCUUUGAUUAUCAAAUUUGCGAAACGCUUCAACUUCUCGAAGGAGUUGACACAGAAGGCGUGGGAUAUAUCUAUCGAUGUUUACAAGACACUCGCGCCUCUGAAAGCUACGCCACAUGCAUUAGCUCUUGCAGUUCUGGAUCUUGCCAUGAGGCUUGAGGGGGAGAAAAUCAAUAUACAGUAUGAGGAGUUCGAGGUUACUCGGGAUUCGGUUCUGUCUAUUGUUGAUGACCUUCUAGAUCUUUACACAAAUCACCGCAGCUACACAUUAGUUGGGACACAAUAUGAUAGCAACACCUACCUCACACACCGAAUUGAGCUCAACAAAGAACGUCAAACACAUGGUAACGGCCAUCACAAACACAAUGACCGUGGAACUCAUGGUACUGUACGCUUCAUGAUCGAUCCUAGUCGAGAAAGGUCAGAGAGACAUUUACUCGAUCGGCAUGCACAUGAUAGCAACGGGACUGGUGCAAGUCCCUCCAACGCUAGUUCAUAA